AUGAAAGUGUCUCUGGGUAACGGAGAGAUGGGCGUCUCCGCCCAUUUGCAGCCCUGCAAGGCGGGAACCACACGGAUUUUCACCAGCAACACCCACAGCUCGGUGGUGCUGCAAGGCUUCGAUCAGCUCAGAAUAGAAGGACUGCUUUGUGAUGUGACUCUGGUGCCCGGUGACGGGGAGGAGGUCUUCCGCGUUCACAGAGCCAUGAUGGCGUCUGCUAGCGAUUAUUUCAAGGCCAUGUUCACCGGUGGGAUGAAGGAACAAGAUUUAAUGUGCAUCAAGCUUCACGGGGUGAACAAGGUCGGCCUGAAGAAGAUAAUUGACUUUAUUUAUACGGCAAAGCUUUCUCUUAAUAUGGACAGUCUCCAGGACACACUCGAAGCUGCCAGCUUUUUGCAAAUUUUGCCCGUUUUGGACUUCUGUAAAGUGUUUCUGAUAUCGGGAGUCUCUUUGGAUAACUGUGUUGAGGUUGGGAGAAUAGCUAACACCUAUAAUCUUAUAGAAGUGGACAAAUAUGUCAAUAAUUUCAUCCUGAAGAAUUUCACUGCGUUACUGAGUACUGGAGAGUUUCUGAAACUCCCUUUCGAACGCCUUGCCUUUGUGCUUUCCAGUAAUAGUCUGAAGCACUGUAGUGAACUUGAGCUGUUCAAGGCUGCCUGUCGCUGGCUAAGAUUGGAAGAUCCUCGGAUGGACUAUGCUGCAAAAUUAAUGAAGAAUAUUCGAUUUCCACUAAUGACCCCGCAAGACCUCAUCAAUUACGUGCAGACAGUAGAUUUCAUGAGAACAGACAACACCUGUGUGAAUUUGCUUUUGGAAGCUAGCAAUUACCAAAUGAUGCCGUACAUGCAGCCAGUGAUGCAGUCAGAUAGAACGGCCAUUCGAUCGGACUCGACACACUUGGUUACCUUAGGAGGAGUUUUGAGGCAGCAGCUGGUUGUCAGCAAAGAAUUGCGGAUGUACGAUGAAAGGUCACAAGAGUGGAGGUCUUUAGCCCCCAUGGAUGCUCCCCGUUACCAGCAUGGCAUUGCUGUCAUUGGAAACUUUCUUUACGUAGUUGGCGGUCAAAGUAAUUACGAUACGAAAGGAAAGACUGCUGUUGAUACAGUUUUCAGGUUUGAUCCUCGGUAUAAUAAGUGGAUGCAGGUUGCAUCACUAAAUGAAAAGCGCACGUUCUUCCACUUGAGUGCCCUCAAAGGACAUUUGUAUGCCGUUGGUGGGCGAAGUGCAGCUGGUGAACUGGCCACAGUAGAAUGCUACAAUCCAAGAAUGAACGAGUGGAGCUAUGUUGCAAAAAUGAGUGAACCCCACUACGGCCAUGCAGGAACGGUAUAUGGAGGCUUGAUGUAUAUUUCUGGAGGAAUUACUCAUGACACCUUCCAAAAUGAGCUCAUGUGUUUUGACCCCGAUACAGACAAAUGGACACAGAAAGCUCCAAUGACUACAGUCAGGGGUCUGCAUUGCAUGUGUACGGUUGGAGACAAGCUCUAUGUCAUUGGUGGCAAUCACUUCAGAGGAACAAGUGAUUAUGAUGAUGUCCUAAGCUGUGAAUACUAUUCACCAACCCUUGACCAGUGGACACCGAUUGCUGCCAUGUUAAGAGGUCAAAGUGAUGUUGGAGUUGCUGUCUUUGAAAAUAAAAUCUAUGUUGUAGGUGGAUAUUCUUGGAAUAAUCGUUGUAUGGUAGAAAUUGUCCAGAAAUAUGAUCCAGAAAAGGAUGAGUGGCAUAAAGUUUUUGAUCUUCCAGAGUCACUUGGUGGCAUUCGAGCUUGUACUCUCACGGUUUUUCCACCUGAAGAAAAUACUGGGUCACCUUCUAGAGAAUCACCUCUUUCAGCACCUUCAGAUCAUUCCUAG